AUGGCGCGGAGAGGGGUUUGGCAGCUGCAAAAGCUGUUGGUGCACUAUUGCGACUUUGGCGGCAGCAGCAGGGGCACGCGGGAGUUUGUGGAGCAGAUAUUGCCGCACUUCCAGCGUGACAACCCGCAGAUAGCGAUCGAGAGCGUGGUGCGGCGCGGCAAGCACCCGGGGCUGCAGGCAGAAUACCUUAACCGGACAACGCGGCAUGUGGAUGUCAAGAACCAGCCGGCGGAGGAGGUGCUGCGGCAAGCGGUGUACCUGCGCAGCAGCCUUGGCCGCAAGGCCAGCUUGCAGGUGAAGCACCGCACGCGCACCCAGAUGCCCAGCAUCCAGGGGCCCUGGACGCACGAGCUGCAGGAUGCACUGAGGCGGGCCUAG